GUUUUCAAAAAAUUACAAAAAAAAAAAAUAAUAAAACGCGACCGCCGAGCAGCAAUAGACUAACGGGUAAUAUACCAAAUAGACACAGGAAUAUAUAUUUUUUAAAAGGUGAAAUCCCCCUCGCGCCGUAAAAAAAAACAAUCUUGGUCACGAAACUGCAAAUUUUUAAAAGUCGCGACGCGGUUAAAAGAACUCAAAUUCCGAGCCACUUUGGAACUUGCGAGAGAAAGCCAGGAAGUCUGAAAGAGAGAAAGAGAAGACCAAGAGCUGAAAUUUUAAUUUGUUCUAUCCUAAAAUCUGUAUAAUUUCCUUGAUUGCUGGCCUCUGGAUUAAACCUUGGCGUAUAUAAAAGGAGGACCAGCAGCAUAUAGUUCUAUAUAGAACAUACUAUAACAGAGUUUGCGAGUUUUUAGUUUUUUUUUGUGUCCGUCUUCGGAUUCCAAUUGCGUUUUGUCUUUUACUUGUGAAAAAAUUACCAGUUUAACGCGUUCAUCAAUUAUUCAUCAAGCAAUCAACACGAAAACUUUCUGAAUGCCAAAGCCAAAGGACCAACAACAACAAUAACAAGCUGACAUUGUGAAAAGCAGCUAAUUCAUUUGGUUCCAGCCAUUAAAUAUAUAUAUAUAUAUUCGGAAUUGAAAGCGAAAGACUCUAAAAGAUAAGAUAUCAUCAGAGUAAGUCGAAGGGGUAGAGGAGGAGCAGUGAGGAGAGAAGCUCUAGGAUAAGUAGUGCAUCUGCACAACAAGACAGAUAAAAGACAUCGACCACGAUGGCUUCAUUAGCGCCAAAUGCCCAUGAUCGACGUAUCCAUGAGUUGGACGAAAAUGUUGAAGAACUGUUUGAUGUGAGAAAGCGUUUGGGCAAAGGAGCCUAUGGCAUUGUGUGGAAGGCAGUUGAUAAACGUCAAAAGGAGACAGUUGCACUUAAGAAAAUCUUUGAUGCAUUCCGUGAUGAAACCGAUGCCCAACGUACAUAUCGUGAGGUUAUCUUUUUACGUGCUUUCCGCCAUCAUCCAAAUAUCAUACGCAUGUUGGAUAUUUAUAAGGCUGGCAACAAUUUGGAUUUUUAUUUAGUGUUUGAGUUUAUGGAAAGCGAUUUGCAUAAUGUGAUUAAAAAGGGUGAUGUACUUAAGGAUAUACACAAACGUUUCGUUAUGUAUCAAUUGAUUAAUGCCAUCAAAUAUAUGCAUUCGGGAAAUGUUAUACACAGAGAUUUGAAGCCAAGUAAUAUAUUGAUUGAUACAAAAUGCAGACUUAAAGUUGCUGAUUUUGGAUUGGCUCGUACGCUCUCCACCACCAAGCGUGGGGUCGACUAUGAGAAAGAUGAUAUGGAAAAUGAGGUCAUGUUGACAGAUUAUGUGGCCACACGUUGGUAUCGUGCACCAGAAAUUCUAGUUGCCAGUCGCAAAUACACAAAAGGCAUUGAUAUGUGGAGCUUGGGCUGCAUAUUGGGCGAAAUGAUACGACAGAAGCCACUUUUUCAGGGCACCAGCACUGUAAAUCAAAUUGAGAAAAUUGUUAACGCAUUGCCCGAUGUUACGCCCCAGGAUAUUGAAUCGAUGGGUGCCACUUUCGGUUCGGCAUUGCUUAGUAAAAAAAUUGUACGCGAUCGACGAUAUUCGCUGGAGGAGAUGUUACGCAAUUGCUGUGAUGAUGCCAUGUCAUUGGUUAAAUCUUUACUUAUACUCGAUCCAGAUUCACGUAUGACAGCCAAAGCGGCGAUAGUCCAUCCGUAUGUAAAUCGUUUUCGCACUGCCUCAGCUGAUAUGGAACUGCGAGCGGAUGUUGUUCCACCACUUCAGGAUGAUAUACGCUAUAGUGUGAAUGAAUAUCGUUCAAAUCUUUAUGAUAUGAUAUUGAUGGAAUCUCGAAAUUCACGUACCAGUAUUAGUGCUCGUCCCAAUCAAACGGCAUCUGGCGAUGGUGGUGGUGGAACAGGCGGUGGUGGUGGAGUUGGUAGUGGAAGUGGAGGCCAUAAUGCUGCGGCUGCAGCUGCCGGGCGUUCAGUAUCACGGAUCAGAACCGGCGACCGGCCGACUAUUCCAUCAGAUGGCAAUGCACUUGGAGUAAAUACAAUUCAUCGCAAUUACACACAAACCUGGUCGGAACACAACCAGCAUCAUCAUCAUAAUCAGCAUAAUCAUCGCCGCCAUCAUCAUCAUCGUCACCAUCGUCAACAAGUGCAUGUCGGAUCCCCGGUAGAUCCACCGAGCAAUUCUCAAUCUGGCGAGGUGACACCAACACCAGGACCAUCAUCAUUACAAGGACCGCAAAGACCGCCACCACCACAAGCGGCUCACCAUCGUUCGGCCAGUCAGGCACCGCCUGGAGCUCGUGAUAAUAGCCAUGUGGCUUUACGCCGCGAACUGGCCGCUGUGGUGGCCACAGCACCGCGUACCAGCAAUGGGAAUAGCUUGUGGCAGCAAGCAACAUUGAAUAACCAUACUCAACAUAGCCGCAAUCAUAGUAAUGGUCAUAGUAAUGGUCAUAGUAAUGGUCAUAGUAAUGGUCAUAGUAAUGGUCAUAGUAAUGGUCAUAGUAAUGGUCAUAGUAAUGGUCAUAGUAAUGGUCAUAGUAAUGGUCAUAGUAAUGGUCAUAGUAAUGGUCAUACUCAUGGACAUGGACAUGGACAUGGUCAUGGUCAUGGUCAAGGUCAUAUUCAGGGACAUGGUCAUGGUCAUACCCAUACAACACAUCAUGCUCAUGGUCAUGGUCAUCAUGGUAAUCAACAGCAAAUGGCAACACAGAAUUCUACGACGUGGCAGCCAACAACAACAACGAUUUUGCCAUGGCCGGAACAUCCGAUAUCAAAUUCGAAUCCGCCUCCAGUGGAACAGCAGCAUGACCAGCAUGACAUGGCCAUACGACUGAGAUCGCGUUCGCUACGCAAGACUUCCCAGGAUAAAGCAAAAUUAAAGCCCAAACUUCAUCCACUACCCGAGAGCCAGCAUUCUGAAUCCGAACCGAAGUCAACCUCACUGCAACAGCAUGUUGAACAUAUGCUGGCAGUUCACACGGAUAAGAAAAAAGAAGCCAGAAAAGCUGUCAAAAAGGAAGAGGAGCGUUCUUACGAGCAAAAGGUCAAUGAUUUGGAGGCCUCCCUAAAGGCUCUGCAGCUGCAGCAACAGAAGAAAAAGAUCGAUUUGCAGAAAUCGAGACACCAGAAAAAGGAACAUUGUGACCAACAUAAGGAGCGUAACGAACGUAUCGAAUCCGAGUCCCAUCCAUUGCCAACGGAGUCAAAGCCAAAAGAAUCUAAGAAAAUACGAGUGGUGGUCACACCAAAGGUGGCUAAAGCAAAAGAUUGUCCAUCCCAAUCGAAACCGCAGCAGCAACAGUCGCAGCCGCAGCCGCUGCAGCUGCCGGCGGGUGAUGGGGGAAGUGGAGAAUGCUUCUACACACCUAUGGGCACACAGCGUCAAAGGAGCAGCAACAGCAGCAACAUAACCAUUGGCACAGCCUCCGCCACAGCCAAUGCAGCUGCGGCCGCUGCCUAUUGCUAUAGAACCCGUAUACUUUAUCUGGAGGCUGAGAUGGCCAAAUGUAAGCGGCAAUUGGUUAACUAUGUGGAGGAUAAUAAGGAGCUUCUUAGUCAACCUCCCCUACGCUAUCAUAUCAAGCAAUUGCAAGCAGAGCAGGACGAGGACGUGGAGGAUGAGGACGAAGAUGGUUGUGGAUGUCCCAUAGACCCUGAAAAUCCAUUAGCUUUACAUAAUACACAAGCCAAAUCGCCGCAAAAUGAUUCCGGUGUAGAAGUCGAACAGAGCGGUGUCGGUGUCAAUGUCAAUGGCGGAAGUGGAGCCGGUGCCGGAGCCGGAGGUGACCCCAGUUCAAGUCAAUCAAAUUAUAAGACCCUAAAGAUGCAACAGCAUAAACAAAAGCAAUUGCAAGUCAAAGAGUUUCUAACACGUGACGAUGUCAAUGCCUACGAGCUACGCCCAUACAAGACUAAAGUCUAUCAUGAUUUUGCUGAUCAUCAGAGGCAGCACCACCACCAGCAGCAUCAUCAGCAGGAACGGCACCAACAUCAUCAGGAACGGCAGCAACAUCAUCAGGAACGGCAGCAACAUCAUCAGGAACGGCAGCAACAUCAUCAGGAACGGCAGCAGCAGAAACAAUUGCACCGGGAACAACGAGAGAAACUAGAAUUGGGAUCAUUUGAAACGCAUCAGCAUCAUCGCCAGAAACGUCACCUUAAUCAAUAUAGCAAAGAUUUAACCUAUGAAUGCCAACAUUUCGUCACUUUGGGGGCUACAAAACCGGGUGAAUCUCAUAAGCAGCUGCAGGUUCAUGAUAUGGCAACAGACUUACGCCACUGUCAACGUCAACGAUAUCAUCAUCAUGAUCAUGAUGAUCAUCAUCAUCAUCAACAACAACAACAACAGCAGCAUCAUUAUCAACUUCAGCAACAACAACAACAUCAU